UAACGUUCUUACUCUCUAUCAGUUCAUCUGACUGUUAACUCAGUAGAUAUCUAAUCUAAUAAUGAUCAUGUUUCAUUUUAUUCAUGUAAAAUUCUCUGAAGUUUUGAAAGCAGUUGUUGUAAGUUAUAUUUAAGGUCUAAAAUGCUCUGAGUUAAACCCAGAACGGAAGUCGCAAUGCGGAAGAAGCAGACAGGAAACUGCACCGGAAUGUAACUUUGGGUUUUUAUUUCGUUUCUUGCGCCAGUUAUUUCGAUGACAGUGUAGAACAUGUCUCCAAACUUCUCACUCGACCGCAGAAACUCACGCAGGAUAACUGCUUUAGUCUGAGACUGAUGUAUGAAUAUAUACAAUAUACUAUACAGUGAAUAUAUGCAGUACAGUGAAUAUAUGCAGUAUAGUGAUAUACUAUACAUGAAUAUAUGCAGUACAGUGAUAUACUAUACAGUGAAUAUAUACUAUACAUGAAUAUAUACUAUACAUGAAUAUAUGCAGUACAGUGAAUAUAUACUAUACAGUGAAUAUAUACUAUACAUGAAUAUAUGCAGUACAGUGAAUAUAUGCAGUAUAGUGAUAUACUAUACAGUGAAUAUAUGCAGUAUAGUGAAUAUAUGCAGUACAGUGAACAUAUGCAGUACAGUGAAUAUAUGCAGUACAGUGAACAUAUGCAGUACAGUGAAUAUAUGCAGUACAGUGAAUAUAUUCAGUACAGUGAACAUAUGCAGUACAGUGAAUAUAUGCAGUACAGUGAAUAUAUUCAGUACAGUGAACAUAUGCAGUACAGUGAAUAUAUGCCAUAUUCAGAUCCAGAUCACUUAAGUGAUAUACGAGACGAUGCACCUGAAUAUUGCUUAUAGUUUGAAUAGGUGGACUUACACUGAUAUUCCAUCAGGUCUCCAUCACCAUAAAGCUCUGAGAAGAAAAGGCCUAGUAGAAUGUGAGAUCACAAUCAAAAUGAAUAAAAUAGUAAUAAUAGUGUAACAGAAUCAAUCAUGCCAUUUUAGAUAUUAUAAACUAUAUCAUGUUUAUUUAAAUGUUACAAAUCCUUGACAACUCCUGCGUGUGUGUGUGUGUGUGUGUGUGUGUGUGUGUAACAUGUUUUGAUGUGAAAGAUGAUGAUUCUGCAUUCACAGAGGUGUAUGUAAAGUCCAUCCUUUCAGCUGGAACAUGGAGGAUGGAUCAGUGUCUCCUGCGUCUACGCUCCUGGCUCCUGUCUCUCUCCAGUCCUCCAUUACGGCUCAGGACCGUGGAGCUGUUAAUGCACCUCAAGUGGUCGGUUGUCACAUUAGCGGGCCUGUCAGUAUCACAACUGAGACACACAUUCACACAACUGCCGAACCUCGUCAGCCAACCCUGUGUGAAGCCUCUGAUACCGCACCCAACAUUAUAUUAAGUGUCAGUAAAAAGCUGAAAUCUAAUCUGAGACAGAAACAUGAGACCAUCUUUGAAGGAAUUGCUAAAAGAGGGAACCCAACUGUCUUCAGGGAGAUUUACACAGAGCUCUACGUCACACUGGGAGAAACAGAAGGCGUGAACAGUGAGCAUGAGGUUUGGCAGAUAGACCCUGCUUUCAAGACACCUCCUGAGCAGGACAUGCCAAUCAACUGCAAUGACAUCUUCAAACCAUUCAAGCAGCAACGUCUUGUAGAGAACAACAAGGAAAAGAAAACCAAAGACAACGAACGUGAAUGUAAAAUCAGAACUGUGUUGACUAAAGGCAUUGCUGGAAUCGGAAAAACUGUCUCACUGCAGAAGUUUAUUCUUGACUGGGCUGAAGAAAAAGCCAAUCAGGACAUCGAUCUGUUAUUUGUGUUACCUUUCCGUGAGCUGAACUCCAUUAUAGGUGAGAAGUUCAGUCUUCAUGAGCUUCUACUUGACUUUCACCCUGAACUUAAAGAAUUUAAAGAUGUAAAAUUCUAUGAAAACUGUAAAACUAUAUUCAUUUUUGACGGUCUAGAUGAAAGCAAGCUUAAAUUCGAUUUCGAAAACAAGAGAGUCUCAAGCAUUUCCAAAUCAGCAUCUCUGAACGAGCUGAUGACCAACAUCAUCAAAGGGAAUCUGCUUCCCUCCGCUUUGGUGUGGAUAACGUCACGGCCGGCUGCAAUAGACAUUAUCCCUCCGAAUCUGAUCCACCGUGUGACUGAAGUACGAGGAUUCACAGACUUACAGAAGGAGGAAUACUUCAAAAAAAGAAUCAGUGACCAAACCUUGGCCAACAGAAUCAUCUCACAUGUAAGGGAUGUGAGGAGCCUUGAGAUCAUGUGCCAUAUACCAGUCUUCUGUUGGAUCAUAGCGACAGUUCUGGAAGAAAUGCUAAUCGGAGGGCGUGAACGAAUCCCAUCCUCUCUUACUGAGAUGUACACACGCUUUUUACUCAUCCAAACGAAUGAAAAAAAGAAAAAGUAUUCUGGGAGGACGGAAACAGAUCUAUUAAGGCUGUCCAGUGCUGAUGUUGAGAUCAUCUUGAAACUUGGGGAGCUGGCUUUUCACAAACUUCAGGAAAGCAACAUUGUGUUUUCAGAAGAUGAUCUAAAGGAUUAUGGCAUUGAUAUCACUGAAGCCUCUGUGAGGUCAGGAGUGUUUACUGAGAUUAUCAGAGAGGAGGAUCCGAUGUUUUCGGUAAAGAAGUACAGCUUUGUCCACUUAAGCUUUCAGGAGUAUCUCGCAGCCUUCUUUGUCUUCUACAAAUUUACUGUUGAAGGAAUCGAUGCAAUGCAAUCCAACCAAAAGAAACAUGCUGAAGACUACAUCUUUCGAUUUAGUGGAAGUGAUUAUGAUGAUGGCAGCAACAAUUAUGACUUUCCCCCGAGAAAUUUGACCUUGCAUUAUUUUCAAAAAAACGCAAUACACAAUACCAUGAAGAGUAGGAGUGGGCAUUUGGAUCUUUUCCUUCGCUUCCUCCUUGGUCUCUCAAUGGAGUCCAAUUUGCGUCUGCUGAAGUCCAUCCCUUUGAAAGUAAAGAACCCGCAGGAGAACAUUCAUCAGACUAUGCAGUACAUCAAAUACAUGCUCAGGGAAAAUGAUGACAGAAAAACUCCUUCCUCAGAGAGAUGCAUCAACCUUUUUCAUUGUCUUCUGGAGCUGGAUGAUCACUCCAUGGUAGAGGAAAUCCGAAGAUUUCUGACCAUAGAAAAACAAACUGAGGACAGAUUAACAGCAGCACAAUGCUCCACCUUGGCCUACAUCAUUCUGAUGUCCAAGGAGGUCCUGGAAGAAUUGGAUCUGAAUAAAUACAACACAUCUGAAGAAGGUCGUAGAAGGCUUCUCACGGCUGUAAGGAAGUGCAGAAGGGCUCUAAUGGCUGAUUGUGGUCUGACAACACAAUGCUGUAAGACUGUGGCUUCUGCACUUCAGGAUCCAGACGCAUCUUUAAGAGAGCUUGACCUCAGCCGCAAUUUAUUGACCAUGGAUCAGGAAUCUCUCCUGCCUGGCCUGAAUAGUCCGUAUUGCAGGCUGGAGAAUCUGAACAUCAGUUACAUCAACCUGGAGAAGUCAGGAGCAUCUAUUCUGCGUGCGGUCCUGAUGGGUCCACACCCUCAGCCACACAAACUAAAGCUCUACGCAUGUCAUAUUAAAGAUGACUGUGCAGAGAUUCUGCUUUCAGCCUUUCAGUCGUCCGAGUGUCAGUUGAAAGAGCUGGACAUCAGCUACAACUGCCUAACCAAGAAAGGCAUGGCAUUGGUCCUUCAGGGUCUGCAGAGUCCCAGCUGUUUUCUUGAAAUAUUAAGAAUGUCCAGCAGUGAGAUCAGUGUUGAGAGCUGUACUUAUCUGGCAUCAGCCCUCAAACACUCAUUUCUGAGAGAGCUGAUUCUGAACAGCUGCAGCAUUGGCGAUGUGGGAGUAAAACGUCUCUGCCCUGGACUAAUAAGUCCUCACUGUCAGCUUCAGACACUGGAGCUUAGACAGUGUAACCUCUCAUGCAAAGCUUGUGUUUAUCUGAGCGUGAUCUUGGACACUUACUCCGUGGUUAAAACACUCAACCUGAGAGACAACGACCUUCAAGAUUCAGGAGUUCAGCUUCUUGCUACUGGACUGAAAAAUCCUAACUGUGUCCUCCAGAAACUGGGGUUGUCAGGAUGUUUCAUUAGUGAAAAAGGCUGCUGUUCCUUGGCUUCAGCGCUGAGCUCAAACCCAUCAUCAUGCCUGAGAGAUCUCGAUCUGAGCUACAAUCAUCCAGGAGUUGUAGGAAGGAAGCUGCUCUCUGAUCUACUGGACGAUCCGUGUUACAAACUGAAGACUUUAAGAUUGGACCAUGAUGGGAAAUCCCGACUAACAACUGGUCUCUGGAAAUACUACCAAGAGCUCAGCAUCAGUGGGAUGGCUUCCAGCAAUAACAUCAUACUCUCUGAAGACCGGAAAGGACUUCUUAGGUGUCCAGAGCCUGAAUAUAUGUACAACCAGCCAUAUAAGACCAGUGAACGAGUCCGAUGGCAAGUGACAUACUGCUUGGAAAAACUGACAGAUGGAAGGUUUUAUUGGGAGGUGCAGUGGUCUGGCUUUGUCAGUAUUGGAUUAAAAGAGGAUUUUUCAGGAAAAACUUUGAAGUUUGUCUGCCACAGUCUCCAGUAUGCUGCCAUCCAUGAAGAAAACAUGCGUAUCAAAACACUAUAUACAGUUGUAGAUCCUGACUCCAGUCCUGGUCCCAAGAGAUUUGGAGUAUAUCUGGACUACCCAGAGGGAACUCUGUCCUUUUAUAGCAUCUCCUCUCAUGACAUGAAGCACCUCUACACGUUCCACACCACCUUCAAUAAACCAGUGAACCCAAUGAUCCAUUUACCAAAUCCACAUGUGGUGGAUGGACUGUCAUCAAUCAUCAUUGUAACACAAUCUCCUGAUUCUGUCCAACAUACUGAAGCACAACUGUUUCAACAACUUGAGCUAGAGAGAUAUGACAAUGAAUUAUCACUUUACAGUACAGUCUGGGACGACAGUUCUUGACUUCCCAGCAUGCCUUAAGGCAGUGGUCACCAACCCUGUUCUUGGAGCUCUAUGUUCCUGAAGACCUAAUUAAUUAAUGAAUUAAUUAACAUUAGAUUAGAAUUUCACUUCCUGACAUUUAGAUGUAAUCUUGUAUAAUCAGUAAAAUAAUCAGCAACAGGGUGAUUUUAUCCUCAAAGAGGACAGGUUGAUCGUUUUUCUAUAGCAGAAGGUCUUGAAGUUUUCUGGAGCCCUGGAGACGGAAACAGCUUUAUCUAUAAUCUAUAUGUAUAAUCUUUAUCUAUAACUGAUCACCUGUUAAAUAAAUACAGCCAUAACAUUAAAACCACUGACCGGCGACGGGAAGAACAUUGAUGAUGUCAUUACAAAAUCACUGGUCAAAGGUUGGCAUUUAUUUAUUAGGCAGCAGAUGAAUAGUUAGUUCUGGAAGUUGAUGUGUUGGAAGCAUGAAAAAUGGGAACGUGUAAGGAUCUGAGCAACUUUCACAAGGAUCAGAUUGUGAUGGUUACACGACUGGAUCAGAGCAUCUCCAAAACCACAGGUCUUGAGGGCUGUUCCCAGUAUGCAGUGGUUAGUACCUACCAAAAGUGGUCCAAGUAAAGAGAACCGGUGAACUGGCGACAGGAAGACGAUGUCCUGGUCUGAUGAAUCACGUUUACAUUUGUUCACUUACCUGGAGAAGUAACCUAGCCAAGGUUAUACAAUUAUAGAAUUAUUCUGGAAAUUAUUUCAUUUGACAUGUAGGGCAAUUAUUAUGAUUACUUUAUUAUUAUUCUUUCUUAUUGUAUUUUGGUUUACUUGUAUUUUUCGUUAUUAUGGUCUUGAUGCUGUUGAUUGAGAUUUGAGCCAAUAGGAAUGCAAGGGGGAGUGGAAGUCCUGCCUCCAUGUAAUAUUUUUUUCAGCAGAUGCCUGUUUUCUUUUCUUCCUAAUUAAGCCAUGUAGCUGUCACAACGUUGGAGAACUGUCUGUUUAUAUAUCUUAUAUAUCAAACUGAAACUUUGCAUCAAAGCUUCCCAGUAUACACUGCUGCAUCGUCUUUUUAUUUUGAAGAACGGAUUUUGUGAACAGGCCAGGUUUUUUGUGUGGAUGAACAGUCUACUGCAGAGGAUUGACACCACACAGAAGAGCCGCCCCCAGCAGAGCUCCUGUAACCCCUCUUCCUUGAAUCACUUGAUCAAGAUUUCCCUAAUCAGGGAAUGGAGAGCCACCCAAACAAUUGCAUGCAGAAGAUUUGAACACCUCCCUCAGGAUACCCGCCUAUGCGGCAGGACUGACACAACUUGUGGGUAUGAUUUGAAACAGAAAGAACCCCUUUGUAAGAAAGCCAGAAAACUGUAAAUCCAUCUAUUCCAUUUAUUUCAUUUAAUUCAUUUCCAUUUUAUUGUGACUCUGUACUUUACUUUAAUCAAUAGUCAUUAAAUGAAGCCGGGUACUUAACUGUA